AUGAAAAAAAAAAUAUUAUUGAGUUUAAUCUUAAAAGAAAUAAUUUUACUUGAUUCUGCAUUAAUAGAAAAUGAGGAAGAAAUUUAAAAUCUGAACUAUUUUAUUCUCUAACUAUUGAUUUUGAAGGAUAAAAAAGAAAGAAAAACGAAGCAACAUAAAAAUAAUAAUAUAUGUAUUUAAGGCAUUAAUUAACUGUUAAAAAGCAAGGUAGACUUAAAUCAUUAUAAAAUUAGCUUAAUAGUACAUAAAUGAAUAGCAAAAUUUAUAACAGCAAUCCUAUCUUUAUUUAUAAGAGACAAGGGAACAGUUAAUUACUAAUAAUAUGA